UCGGAUUGUUGAGGGCGGCCGGGAGAGCCAGAGAAUGGUCAAAGAGAUCGAAACUCUAAGCGAAGAUGAAAGACGCGCGCUUAGAGGCAGUAAAUUCGCUCCUCUUCCUUCUCUAUCUCGCACUUCCAGUUCUCAGCCCAGAUUGGCUCAUCCUGGUGGACCGGUGACCACAAACAAAGCGGCGGCAUUAGCAAAGUUUCUUGAGAGAAAACUGAAGGAGCCUGAUGGUUUGGCGUCUAUUAACCCUGAUCUUCUUGAAGUCGCUGUCAAUGAUGCCAAACAGACUGUUUUUGCUACAAGCAGUACUUCGAAUCCAGAAAGAAUUGUCCGGCACGUAGACUCCUUUGGUAACACUGACACUGAGGAUUCAGAAGGUGAGAAGAAUGAACUUUCUCAAGUGAAGGAAUGUAAGAAGAGAAAGAGCAAGAAGAAAAAAGACAAAAAGAGAAACAAAAAGCGGAAGAAAGUUGAGGAUCCUGGACUCGCUGUCGUCAAAAAGCAUAAAAAGAAGUUCAAGUUCUGAUUUAUUCUGGUUGACAGCCGCGGAUGUUGAAUCUACAUCCUCUUUCAUGGUUUGGACAUCAGACAUGGUUGCCUUGUAAUUUGAGGUUUAUACCAUGUUUCUUGUGGGUUUUCAGAUGGAGGAUUGAGGUCAGUGGACUUUUGCCAUGAGUUCCUUACUUGGGCAGCUGAAUUACAAGCAAC